GCGCGUUUUCUUCAGCAAAUGAAUUAGUAAAUGAAAUUCAGCGUUCCGCUGACUCGGCAUCGGACUCUGCGCCUGAAAGUCAGAAUGGUCAGUGCUCGUCCAAAAAAAGAAAAAGAGAAGAUUACGGACAGUAUUCUCCAGAAACUAGAGGGAAAAUGGCCCGAUACUAUAUCGAUUCAGGGCCAGCAAAAACAGCCCGUUAUUUCUCCAAACAGCUAGGGCGUAUACGGUAAAUGAGAGUACAGUUCGCAGCAUAAGAAAAGCUUAUUUAAAGGCUGUUAAAACACCGAACUCAGAAAACAAAAAUACCCCUCCAUCGUUACCCCGUUCACCAAGAGGCCGCCCAUUAAAAGUUGGAUUUUAUGACAAGAUGAUACAGGCGUACAUACAUCAACUUAGAUUAAAAGGCUCAGCUGUAAAUUCAUCUGUCGUGAUCGGGGCUGCAAGAGGAAUUAUUUCACACCAUAACAAAUCUAUUUUGGCUGAAAACGGAGGUCAUAUUGAACUGACAACUGAAUGGGCUAAAUCACUUAUGAAACGAAUGGGAUUAUCUACGCGCCGUGCCACCAAAGGAGUAAAAUCUCUUCCAAGUGACUUUGAUGACCUUAAAAACUCUUUUAUUAAACGCUUCCAGGACGUCGUAAAGGAGGAUUCUAUUCCGGACGAAAUGAUCAUCAACUGGGAUCAAACGGGAGUAAAUUUUGUUCCAUGCGGAAAAUGGACCAUGGCCGAAACAGGAUCAAAACAAGUCCCCUUAAAGGGCUUCGACGACAAACGUCAAAUGACAGCCCUGCUAGCCAUUUCGAGGAGUGGUGCAGUCCUACCUCCACAAUUGCUCUAUCAAGGUAAAACAGACACAUGCCACCCAAGGUUUCCAUUUCCGAAGGAAUAUGACAUCUAUCACAGCGAAAACCACUGGUCAAACACUUCUACAAUGAUUCGCUACAUUGACCAAAUAAUUAUCCCGUAUCUACAGAAAAUCCGAGAAGAAAAUGACUAUCCUUUGGGACAGAAAGGUCUGUGUAUAUUCGACGUUUUCACAGCUCAUCAUAGUGACGAAUUCCUGGAUUAUCUUGCAAGAAAAAGAAUCUGA